CAGAGACACAUGUAUUGACUUUGUAUAUAGCAACUGGCUGGAAAGAGUUUGGAACGUCCAAGCAUGGAAAGAGAAAGGGACGAUUGCAUUCAAAGGAAAAGAAAAAAAAAAUGGUUUGAGAGAUUUUUCGUGUAGUGUGUGCUUAAGAGACGACUCGGCGUUUUUCUUCAAUGCCUGAUAAACUACACCACCCACCACGCCUUUUCUUCUUAUUCUUUUUGGGUCUUUUUCUCUAUCAAAUGUGCUGGGCUCUCUGCGUUUUGGGAAUCUGAAAUGCCAUCUUGGUUGAAAGCGUUUACCCACAACUCUUUCAGCUCUCACUCCUCGCGAGCCAACUUGUCGGCGGCUUCUAGUUCCAGGUCCGCUUCUGAAUCGCCCGUCGCCCACGGCGGCAGCGCCAGCGACAGGCAUGUUUUCGCCGGCGGCGCCGGGCGGCGGCUGAUUCGGCAGCGGAAGUUGAGGCAUGCUACGGAUGAUGAGCUGGGAUUGAAGUUUGGGGAUUUUGAUGGGCAGUCAAAGUCAAAGUCUUUGCCGGUUUCCCCGGAUUCCGGGUCGCGGUUUCCCCGGAAUGCCGGCCACUGGUCCAAAUCCGCCUUGCCGCAGCCGCUGCCGCUUCCAAAACAGUACGGAGAGAGUUUACCGGCCAAAGGUGAAGGAGAGGCUCCAACCUCUGCUUUCAAAAGCAAUCCGUCAUGUGAUAGUGUUAGGAAGGCGGUGAAUCCAACGAGGAGAGCAUCCACUCCAACUUAUCGCCGUAGAGGUUUCCAUCAGGAUCCAAACGCUAAGGAUGGUCAAGAUGGCUUCAGGCUUAAUGUUCCUCCGAGGAGUGCUCCAACUAGUGGCUUUAACAGUCCCGUUUUAAGCCCGAAAAGGUUUAGCACUGUUGACCUCUUUAAUCCCGCAUUUCAGCUUUCAUCACCACCUUUGGAUCGAGUAGCGGGUCAUCCUACCCAACUUUCACCGACAAGAAGCAUGGAUCAUUCUCCACCUAGCAACAGUGCUAGGAAUCAUACCGGUGUUGCAGCACAUUCCCAUCAUAAAUCUCUCCCAGAAAGCCCCGUCGCUUGGCCCGACAGUAAUAACAUCAAUGUCCAUCCAUUGCCCCUCCCGCCUGGAGUAUCGAGGCAAUCACAAUCAUGUCCCGUCCGUCAGAAUUUAGAGAGAUCAGAUACACCGCCAUUGAAGGGUCUAUGGCAAAAAGGGAAAUGCAUAGGCCGUGGCACAUAUGGAACUGUUUAUGUAGCAACUAAUCGUGAAACCGGUGCUCUUUGUGCUAUGAAAGAAGUUCUAGUCGCUCCCGAUGAUUCCAAAGCUAUUGAAUGUGUAAAGCAGUUGGAACAGGAAAUAGAAGUGCUUCGGCAGCUGAAACAUCCCAAUAUUGUACAAUAUUAUGGCAGUGAGAUUUUUGAUGACCGGUUUUGCAUAUAUUUGGAGUACGUUCAUCCUGGAUCACUUAAUAAAUAUCUCAAAGAGUAUGGAGGAGCUAUGACAGAGUCAAUUGUUAGAAAUUUUACUCGUCAUAUUGUGUCGGGGCUGGCUUACUUACACAGCACCAAGACAAUACACAGGGACAUUAAAGGAGCAAAUUUGCUUGUAGAUGCAUCUGGCAUUGUGAAGCUUGCAGACUUUGGAUUGGCAAAACAUCUUUGCGAGCACACAAUGGAUCUUUCUUUGAAAGGCAGCCCCUAUUGGAUGGCCCCCGAGGUCCUGCAGGCUGUCUUGCGGAAAGAUGCCAAUCCCGAGCUUGCCCUUGCUGUUGAUAUAUGGAGCUUGGGUUGUACGGUUAUUGAGAUGUUCACAGGACAGCCACCCUGGAGUGAGCUUAAUGGGGUGCAAGCAAUGUUCAGUGUUCUGCACAAAUCGCCGCCUAUACCAGAAACACUAUCUUCAGAGGGAAAGAAUUUCCUUCAGUGUUGCUUUCAAAGAAAACCAGCAGAUAGGCCAUCGGCACUCAAGCUCCUCGAUCAUCCUUUCCUACGCAAUUCACACUAUCAACAUGUUGCAGGGAGCUCUGCAGAUUUUUCUGGAAUCAAACAUGAUAACACACCACAGAGUCCACAAGACCUGAUUAAACAACAGCCUGACCUAACCACAAGUUCACCCAGAACGCCCGUUAGGCACAUAAAACUGUCGCGUUCCAGUGAAUCAGGGUUGCUACCUAAUCACGAAACCUCUGAUGUUAGCGCAGCUCCUCGUCACUCCCCUCACUCUACUCUCGAAGUGUUCCCCUGCAUUUUUUCACCGGAGUUUAACUAGUUGACAUGCCGCCGGCCACUCUAAUACUUUAUGGAGCUCAAAACUGGAAACACAAGUCCUCUUGUUUCUCUUCAAGGACUGCAGGAAAUGGAGCCCAGAAACCAUGUGUGUAUAAUAUUGUAGGUUGAAGAAGCAGAUUCUCUCAUGUACAGCUUGUAGUAAUACAUUUUAACCAAACCCAGGUUGCAGUUUGCAUCAGUAAUUAUUGUUGGGAACAUAAUUCACAAUAAAACUUCCACAAUAGAUUUUGCAAAUCAGACAUUAAUUGAAUAUUCUUUUUUAAAUUAA